AUGGUAAUGUAAAACUUGUGUUAGUACGUUCAAAUUGAAUAACAACAUAAACAUAAAAGAGUGAAAGAACAUGUCUGGGGCACAAGGAGCACAACCAAAAGAGUCAAAGACAGCAACAAUAUAUGAAUCAAUAGAAGGAGGAGAAAAUCGUACAAGAACUGAUUUGUUUUCAAAGGAAGAUCAAGGUGGCAUUCAAGUUGAUAAGCUGCAAGAGAAGGUCCAUGAUCCUGCUGGAAAAGGUGGUCCUGUCUUUGGUGCUGGCAAAGAUGAGAAUAAGCAAGACCUUGGUGUCACUGGCACUGGCACUGGCUAGCUAGGCUAGAAAUAAUGUAUAUAUUAAAUUAACUAUCAUGCAUGCAUGCAUGGUGCUUCUUCAAGAUUCAGCCACUUGCUUUUCUUUUGUUUUUCAUUUUCAGAAGUUUUGUGAAUGGGACAGUAAUGUGUAUUUCUAAUCAUGUAUGUAUGUGCUCAAGAUUUGUGGAAUAAAAAGGAUGAAAUUGUGGUUGAUGA